CAAAAGGUUAAGCCAUGGCAGAUCGCAAGAGAGUAACAGGCCCGGAAAAGUCAGUUGUCCCUCUAUUGGAACCUGGAUCGCUAUCAGCAUUCACCUUUGACCCUGAGAAGAGAAAAGAUGGGCGAAACAUUGAUCGAAUACGACCCGUGUUCAUGAAAACAGGGGUGGUCAGACAAGCGAAUGGUAGUGCGUAUCUGGAGGCAGGGAAGCUGAAGGUGGCAUGUGGAGUAUACGGGCCACGACAAACAGCGAGAUCAAAGAUAUCAUCUCGUGGUAUUCUGAAUUGCGAUUUCAAAUUCUCCCCGUUUUCGGGUGGACGACGAAGAGCGUACAUAAAGGAUAGCCAAGAGAAGGAAUAUUCGCUAGUUCUAAGACAGGCGUUAGCACCAGCAGUUAGACUUGAUCUACUACCCAAAUCAACAGUAGACGUUUUCGUUCAAGUUCUCGAAAGCGAUGGCUCUGCGGCCUGUUUGGCGGCCGCUAUCACAUGCGCUGCGUUAGCUCUAGCAGAUGCUGGAAUCGAAAUGCUGGAUGCAGUGGCUGCUUGUGCUGUGGGCUACUUUGACUCAACAAUCUGCUUGGACCCGACUGAUGAGGAGGAGACCUAUCAGAGCGGAUCAUUGGUGCUGUCAUAUAUGCCAUCGUUGAACGAGGUGACGCAUGUAAUACAAAGUGGGGAAAUCGGGACGACGACAACAAUCAAAGCGUUGGAGCUUUGCGUGGAUGCAUGUGCGCAAAUUCAGUCUGUGAUGCAGCAGACACUAGCUGCAACGAUCAAGGAAAAAAUAAAUGGUGCCUAAUAGCAAUUUAUAUACAAUGAUGAAAAAUUGCAGUCGUCUUGAGACCUAUGCACGUUGUCUU